AUGAACUCCAUAAAAUCCUUUUCUGACCACACUCAAUGUGGAAGGCUGGAAGUGCACCUCGUGGGCGGCUUCAGUGACGAUAGGCAGUUGUCACAAAAACUUACUCAUCAACUUCUUAGUGAAUUUGACAGACAAGAUGAUGACAUUCACUUAAUGACAUUAUGUGUGACAGAAUUAAAUGACCGGGAAGAAAACGAAAACCACUUUCCAAUCAUCUAUGGCAUUGCUGUCAACGUGAAAACUGCAGAGAUCUACAGAGCCUCCUUCCAAGAUCGCGGUCCUGAGGAGGAGCUGCGCGCUGCCCGAGCUUUAACAGGAGGACCAAUGGUUAGUAUUUACGAUGCAAAGACAGAACAACUUCGUAUAGGACCGUAUUCCUGGGUGCCAUUUCCACAUGUGGAUUUCUGGUUGCAGCAAGAUGAUAAGCAAAUACUAGAGAAUCUUUCCACUUCACCUCUGGCCGAGCCCCCACACUUUGUUGAACAUAUUAGAAAAACCUUCAUGUUUUUAAAAAAAUACCCAUCUCCAACAAACACAUUAUUUCCUGGAAAUAAAGCUCUGCUCUACAAAAAAAAUGAAGAUGGCUUAUGGGAAAAGGUCCCUUCUCCAAGAAGCUCAAAAUAG